AGGGAACUCACUCUGCACAUCUUCACUUCAGAGCGCAGAAAUACAGCCUUCACGGCAGUGGCCCCCGGAGGGAUGAACGAGUACCUGAAUAGGCACGUAUAGAUCGCGGUUGGUUCUGCAGGUGUCGUACGCUCACCAGAGUUGAGGCAUGAGGCUCCAGGCCCUUCAGUUGGGAUAAACCCCGGCUCCCUUAACGCCGAUCGGCCCAAUCCCCUUCCAAGGUUAGCUCCCGCCUGCUGCCAUUGCGGUCGCGAAGUGAAGAGUGAUUGCGCGCGUCUCCCUGUACUCAGAAGAGCUUCAAUUGCCCAUCAAGCAUUGAAGGCCACCACUCCUCACAUUGCGCAUCUAUAACUCGAAUUCGGCGCGAUCAUGGCGCCUCCUCCGCAGGACGAUUCCUCCAUCGAGUACACGCCAGAAUACCAUGGCUUCAUCUCCAAGCUGACCGAAUACCACGAGAAGCGAGGCACCGAGUUCGUGCGCGAGCCCCGCGUAGGCAGUCGGCAGAUUGACCUCCUGAAGCUAUAUAAAACGGUCAUGGUUCAUGGCGGCUACGAUAAAGUCAGCGACGAGAAAUUGGCAUGGCGCAAGUUGGGCGAGAAAUUCCAAUUGGGCUCCAUGCAGCUGCCCGCACUUGCCUUUGCCCUCAAGACGGUCUAUUAUAAAAAUCUGGCGGCCUACGAGAUUUCCACGGUCCACGGAAAAGAACCGCCGCCCAAAGAGAUUCUGGAGUAUCAGACGGCGAGUGGUGGCAGUCUUUUGACGCGGACGACCGAGAACUAUAAGCCGCGGCGAGAUGCAAAUGCAGGAAAUGAGCAGUCAGAAGCAUCGGGUGACGACGGCACCCCAGCCAGAGAUAGAAAUGGGAGUGAAGAGACGCCUGGGUCCGGUUCAAGAGCAACCAGAGGUUUACGUCAGGCUCCACCACAAAGAAUAUUGUUCCAGCCCGAAUCACAUACACCAAGACAGACCCGACAUCUCUCCAACACCUCCCAUGCUUCCUCGCCCCAACACUCCACACAGAACCAAGCGGGACCUCGUGGUGCUUCCACCUCUUUCAAUCCAUCCUCCAAUACCGACAGCAUGUCACACGCCGUAGCAAGCUAUGAGCCAAGGCCGCCGAUGCCUUUGACGUUGCGUCCAGUCACCACUCCAGCCAACAAUCCCGUAGGUUUCGCACAGCUUCAGAGAGCGAAAGAGGCUCGUCUGGCCGCAGCAAACAGACCGCCUUCCAAUUUCGCAAAUCGAGGUCUCAUGCUUCCUGGUUGUAAGUGAAUCCUGAUCAUUCUCUGGACCGGAAAACGCUGAUGCUUCUUUAGCUGGCUUCGAUGGCCCAAAUAUCUACGUUCGAUGUCUGUGUGCGUUGAAAUCGGGCAUAGCUUCCGAGCAAGACUAUGCUUUACACCACUUGGUCAAAAUUUCGAUGGAAAGAGGAGAUAAAUAUCGGUUCGAAUCCUUUCCUGGGUUGGCGGAGGCGUUGACGGAGAAAUUAUUGGAAGUCGGCUCGUUAUUCUAUCAGGUCAACUGGGAGGUUUCAUACAUAGAGGAUGGGGCUACCAGUAGUCUGAAUGUUCUCAACGGAAUCGACGGUACCCCGGACAUCUUGCACCGAAUUGCACAGCUCCCCAAAUUAGAUGUUGACGACAACAUACAGACUGAACAAUUCAGCGACGCUCUUCUCCAGGUCAACGAGGCGGCGCUCACCAUGAGAAACAUGAUUAUGCUUGAAGAGAAUGCGCAGUAUGUUUCAGAUAUGUCACCAUUACGAGACUGGUUAAGCAUCGCUCUCAACCUUCCGGAUUUCGACAGUGUAGUGGAGCUAAAACACUACGCACUUGAUAUUGCGGAACAAAUUACCAAAUACCUGCACUUUGACCAAACCGACCCUCUGUAUGUGUCACUUUUGGCUCAGAUAAUUUCUCCUGAUCGAGGAGCAAUUUUGACGGCGUUACGGGCUAUCAGUAGAAUCUCCAUGAAUUUGGAAGAAAACAAUAUGCUCAGAGGAGUUCCUGUUACAGUCAUGCAAUACAUCAUGGACUGGAUUCUUCUCAAUGAUGAAGAUCUUGUCCAUGCUUGUUUGGACUUCUUGUACCAGUACACCGCGGUUGUGGAUAACGUUGAUUUUCUCCUCUCUGAAGUACAGGUUGAACCACUUGUGAAUCAGCUAACCCGCCUCUUAUCACACGGUGCCAAAGAUGUGGUCAAGGAUAUGAUCCGCGUACCAGAAAGAAGGAAGCCCGCCCCUGAAAAUCUUGCCCCAGUUCCUGGUGACCUUCUCGCUAAGCUUCUCACAAUGGAUGAACCGGAACGCAGUUCACAGUGGCUUCGUUGCCUCUAUGAAGAAGACCGCGAAGAGUGCAUCACUCAAAUUGCAUUAUGGACUGCCUACCAAAAUCAAUUUGCAUCAACCGUUCAUCUAACCGGAAAACCAAUUCUCCAGGCAGCUGAUUUCAUCAAGAACGUCAGUACGACAUUCGCCGAGAAGGCUGCAGCACAAGUUCAGAGUGGAGACAACCCGAGAUUUGUCAUCAAAGGUAUUAGAAUGAGGAGUCUACCGGUCAAUCUGGAUGGGGAAGAGUACGUUCAAUGUUUAUGGAAUGUUCACCGACCAGGAGCCCCCGCUGGAGCCUGUGGCGAAUACUUCAACAAUAAAUCAGAUGUUUUCUAUCACAUCUUGCAAGCUCAUCUCUACGUAGAGAAAACAGCCGAUGGCAAAUACCAACCAUCAAGAACCGACAAGCUCGCCUGCUACUGGGGAGAAUGCUCUGGCUUCCAACAUUCCCCCGCAGACAAAUUUUCUCAAUUGGUUACACACAUCAAAUUCCAUUUCAAAUCACCUUCCCCAAGCAACAAUAUAACCGACGGGCAACCACCGGCUAAGAAGACGAAACCAUCAUACGUCAUCCCAGCCGUUAAACAAGGCUUCCACUGGUAUCUAACAGCAAUGGAUGAGCGGCACGAUGCUGCUGGCAUCCCUCUCAGUGCCGUCCUCGUUCUUCGAAAUCUUGCUCGCAAUAUUAGUAAGACGGAAGCUGAGGAAAUUCAUACCAGAGAGACUGGGGUUUCCUGGGUCGACCGACUUUUCAAACCUGUUGUUCCUACUUUUUACGAGGUCAUGGCCCACAAUCGGGCUUUAGUAAGUUUGAUUUUCUGAUUUCUAUGGCAUGAUACUUUUACUAACGCAUUUAAAGUCUCCAUAUAUGGCCGAUUUACUUGCGUCUCUUAAUGAUUCUUGAGGUUACGGAGUUCGCUGAAGUGGUUGGUAGUCAUUUAUAAUGUGCAAGUUAUUAGUAACAAAGAUGAUAUGUUAGGUCUUAUGCGCUGGCGUUUUUCUGGAGCUGGCUGGAUGGGUGGGUUUGGUGGUAUGGUGGGUAUGCUGAGACGAAAUUUGGGAGGCGUCGUAGAGAAUGGCAUACCCAUAGCCCUGCCUAUGUAUUGUGUAUGAUAUCAAAUCAAUUAAAGAAGAAAUGAUCUGAAGCGAUGCUUUUCAUGUACCGAUCCCUGGACCAAUUAUAUUUGGUUUGAAAAAAUG